AUUCAUGGAAUUUUACCUCAUCAGUUUACCAAGCCCUGGCGCGCAGGUUAUAAUACUGAUAAACAACUCAUAUACUGGGAUGACGUUAUGUUGUUAUUAUGACGUAACGAACGCGUCAUCAAUCUUAUUUUUCAGUGACACGAUAAGAGUCAAUUUGGAUGCGAUUGAGCGAGUGGAGAAUAUUCCCUCGAUUGUGGUAUCAAAAUGCCUUACCACGAGCUGAUGUUUCAAGUUUACGAAUGGUUGUUUUACUCGGGAGUUUUGAUUAUCGCAGCAUUUUUAAUCUUAGCGGGUUUUGUCUCAUUUCUGAUAGAUUUAGGCAUAAGCCGACUGCUAAAAAAGCCGUCGUCGAAGAAAUCACGAUUGCCAUUGGUUCGAUGUCAGGUAAAAGGUGAUCGUAGAUUGACGUCACAAAGGCCAUCGCCGUCCAAGACUGCCAAGAUUGCCAAGACUGCGCGCCCAAUUAAUUUGAAAGGCUCCCAAAUUAAAGCCAUGGUUGAUAAAAUUAAAAGUUCCGAUUGUGAGCGCCUGGCUAUAAUCCGCUCCAUGGCCGCUGAUGCCGAUCAAAUCUUAAUGAGGAUACAAAGGGCAAGAGCUCAAAGCCGAGCCCAUAGAAAAGCCGAAAAGGAGAGGAUAAAUCGACAAAAGCAGGAAAUGGUGCAAAAUGUUCAGUCUUCCUGGCAGAGUUGUCGGCGGUUAAACGCACUGAUGAGAGAGCGCACGCGGAAAAAUGAUAUUUGGUUAAGACAGAUCAGAGAUGGAACUAGGGUACCACUAAGUCUGAUGAAAGAAUGGGAAGCAGAAUUGAAUUCCUCGAGGAAAGCUGGUGGAAAGGAGACAUCUUCAGCCACCAAAGGCGCUGACGAAAACAAAGCAGGUUUGACGCCAUCUGAGAGUAGUGGGAUAAAAAAUAAAGAAGUGUCAGUUGCACCCGCGCAUGAUAAUCACAUGGAUGAUAACAAAGAUCAACAGGCUGACGCCACAAAUAGUGCAUCUAAUCACAAGGAGACGAAGCGAGAUGGAGCUAUCAUAACUCCAGUCUGCAAAGUUCGCGGAGACACCAAGGUCAUCAAAAUGAAGCUCAGCAAAAACAACAAGCUGGCCAAUUUGCUGGAUACUUAUCCAGGCUGUGAUGGAUUUUAUGUGUAUCUGUGAAAGUCUCCGCCCGUUUUGUUACCCUCCUGUCGAUCGUACUUUCAGCAAUUAAUCCUGCUAAGAAAGCCGUUGUAACCUGCCUGACUGUCGACCCCGUGACGUCACUUAAAACAUCAUAGUUCCUGUACUGCUUUCUCCCAGACUCUCACGGUCAACGCUCAUUGGUGACGUAACCGAAGGAAACGGCCGUGCCACAUGACUGAAUGCAGACGCAUGGUCGUGGUCAAAUAUAGACUAGCCUGCUUGCAGGCGAUAGUUUGUUUUCAAGCGCGAGACAGCGCGGCGACAUAAUGGAAGGUGGAAAAUCUGGGACGAGCGACAAAGCGAUGGGAAGAGGGGAAAGGAGUAAAGUUCCUUCCCCCCCUCGCUUUGCCACUCGUCCCUAAUCUUCUACCCGUCCAAUAUGUCCACCGAAUAUUCGCCGCGCUUAACCUCGCGCUUGAAAAUGCAAACUACCGCCUGCAAGCGGGCUAAAUUUGGCCGAAGGGGUAUAAGCAAAAGUUCAUGCUUUUAAUCUUGUACUGCAUAAGUACAAAAUUAAUGCCAGAGUGACCAAGAUUGAUUUUUCUUAUGCAAAGUAGAGAGCAGAUGUCUUAACUCAUAUUCUAAUAACAGACAGAAAUAUUGUAGUCAACAAAUUUCAUAUUUCAUUUAUUUUUGAAAAAAAAAAAAAAUGAAGAAUGAACAGAGUGGAGUUGCCAGAAUAACAUUUGUAAGAAGGACGAACGCCAAUGAACGUAAUAAAAAAAUGAAUGAUUAAAAAGCAUUCCUCUCCUUGAGGAAGAAAUCCUUACAACUUCAUAUUUAUCUUGAGUUAAGUAUUUCUUCUUAAUGUUCCACCCCUUGGAUAUAGUAAUUAUUUGUAUAGAAUAUUCAACCUAAAGCAUAGAGGAAAUAUUUUUUUUUUUAUUUUAUGUACAGAUCAAUAACAUAUACAUUCUCAGAACAAAUAAAUACAACUCUUAAAGCUCUUUUUUUUUUUUUUUUGCACAAUUGUAAAUUUUAUCUCUGUUUGGCGGUUUCUUGGAUAAUUUUUGGCAUCAUGGAGGCUCUUGUAACCAAAACGAGAUCAAUGACAAACACCAUGAUACUCUGAAUUUUUAAAAUGGUUAUGACGUCUUGCAAAAAUGCGCACAAAAGACAACUGUGACAGAGCUGAAUAACGUAUACGCAUGCGCCAGGUUUUGCCGCGGAAAAACGGAUUUUGAGUCGUUCGCAUGGUU